UCCCUUUAGUUAAACAAUGUUAAUGUGCAAGCAGUACCAGGAUGUGGGGAGUGGAACAGAAUGCAGAGGUGUGUGUGUAUUUUUAAAUAAAAAAGGCUGUAUGUAUUUCAACUUUGAGAUUUCCUCCCCUAUAAAUUCAAAUGUUUGAACAAUGAGAUCACUUCUCUGAAUUUCAAGCAAAUAGCUGCCAAACCUUGGGUUCUUUAAUGAACUGAAUUUGACUGGGAAAGACUCCUCUGCUGAUUACUGGCUGUGAGCAUGCAGGCUACAGGUUUUAACUUUUGAGGAGUUCUGCAUGGAGCACUUGGACUAAUCUUUGGGAAUUUGCUUCUGCUUUUUAUAGAAUUUUACUUCUACAAAAAUUGUUUUCUUGCUUUCAUUUCAAAUUCUGCUUCAGAUAAUUCCACUUUUCCAUUGUAUAUGUACAUCCUUACUUUGUAAAGGUAUCAAAUCUCCUCAUUUCACAGUUUAAUCAUAUGAGAGCAUGGUUAGUAGAAAUUCUUGUAAAGAUCCACUCUCAUAUGAUUAAACUGUGUGAAAUGAAGAGAUUUGAUACCUUUACAAAGUAAGGAUGUACUACUACUACUAAUAAUAAUAAUUUAUUAUACCCGGCCCAUCUGGCUGGGUAUAUACAAUGCUUUCCUCCUGUAAAAACACUUGCAGUGGAAAUUGAGUGCAUGCCCUCUUAAAGUUAGGGAUUGUCUAACGUGUUGUCUAAUGGCAAUGCAAUAUUCUCUUUUGUUUACAAGAGGUCCAGAGAAUCAACUCUCUUGUGCUAGUGGAAUGUUUUGUUCAGAUAACUCCUUAAGAAAGCUGUUAUCCCUUGCACACUGGACAAUUCCUACACUCUUUUUUUUUAUAAAAAAAGAUAAUGAGAGUGGGAAUACUAUACAAGUCCCAGUUGCUCAGGGUGGGGUGAGGAAUUGCUUUCUUUACUUCGUUCUUUCUAAAAAGUUAUGUUAGGGUCUGCAGCCAGACUAGUCCUUCUACACAUUUAUGAAUCAGUAUUAAAAUAACGUGAGAUGAGCGCUGCAACCCCAGAGUCGGUCACGACUGGACCUAAUGGUCAGGGGUCCCUUUACCUUUAUUAAAACACAGGAAGUGAAAUUUGGAACAAAAGGACAGUUUUUAGAGAGUGGUAUACUGUGAUGAUCUGUGUUGGGAUUUAUGGCUCCUGUUGGGGCAUGUAGGAGAGGGAUUGGAGCAGGAAUAGCAAAGAGUCUGUCAUUCAUUGUGGAUUUUUACCAAGACCUUUUGUAAGUGCCACAGGGUGUACUGGAGGGUGCACUGUCUAUCCCAAACUAAGCCAUGGCUUGUCUGAGCACCUUGUCCAUACCUAUCCUCAUGGUUUAGCUCUCUCCAGAAUAACCAAAAGCUGUAAACCAAGAACCAACAUUGGAUAUGGCUUGUGGUUAGUCUGGAGAGAGGUAAACAAUGAAUUGCAGUUUGUUGGACAUACCAAGCAUGACAGCUUAGCAGAAUGAUGGAAUGAAGGGGCUGUGAUCUCCUUCUCAAAUGACCACAUGCUAACACAUUGUACUAAGCCACAAUUUGGCUUAGCUUGUUGUGUUAACUAAGCCAACCUGAGCCAGGAAACUAUGGCUUAAUUCCUGCUUGCAAUCAAGCGUCUGAUCAGGGUUCAUUAACCUGAAGUGGGCCAUACAGUUGUAGUUUGAAGCUGUAUGUGUUUAAAUUUUCUGUAACACUAGUGAUUUUUAAAAAGAAUAUAAAGUAAUUUAUGAAUCUGGCCCUCCUCUCUCUCAACCAUCUCCAUUGGAAAUGCACUAAAGUCUAAUGCACGCUAUUAUAGGAUGGUGUAUGAAACACAAUUUAUGGAAUUAUUUGGCAUUAAAUACUUGCUGAAAGCUACUUUUUUUUUUAAAAAAAGCCUUCACUAAAAACAACUUGAGUGCUGUAGCUCUUUGUCAGUGUUUGGUUUACAGUAUAUGAGUAGAUAAGUAUCCGUAAACUUUGUUGCAUGUGAUCAUAUGUGUCAGGUUCCUUUUUUCUAUUUUAAAGAAACUAGUUCCAGUCACACACACACACACACACACACACACACACACACACACACACACACGGAUUUUUCUUAAGUUCACUUCCUUUCAUUUUGUGAUUGUGCUGUCCCAGCCUGCAGCUUCCUCUGCAGAUAAACUGGAAUUGAGGUUUUCCCCCUUCAAAACAUUCCCAGCAUGUCCAGUGCUUGGGAUGCAUCUAUUUUUUAAAGCAUCUUUGUUCCCAGAAAAAGAACUACUUAAGAUUUGUCUUUCAAACUCUGUUUGGCUGAUGUCAUAAACCAGUUCCAGCUGUCUUAGAUUAAAGCAAAUGCUGAUAGUGAAGAGGGAUUUCCAUGGCAUUCUAAAAUAGGAUGUGUGGGAUGCACACUCAACAUUUAUUGUAGCUUAUGAGGCCACUGCUGCUUUAAAAAAAGUGUGUGUGUUUAUAUAGACAUAAAAUCACUAUUUGAGUUAUGGCUUAAAACAGGUGUGGGGAACUCGAUCGGGCUGACAGAUUGGAUUCUGAUAUUUCCCACACCCCAUGGGCCACUUUGACAAGUGGUCAGGGCUGCCCACCUAUUCUUCUUUGGGGGUCACUUGUAGCAGAGUAAGAUUGUCUUCCAUGGACACGGUCUUAACAGUGAGUCUGUAAGUGACUCUGGAGGGCAAUUCUGGAUCCUUCCACAGUGGGGACGUAGGUUUCCGGGUGGGAGUUGAUCACAGUGAGGGUUUGCGAAACCUGCCUUCCUCUUACGUUUUCUCUCUUUCGUUCUGAGUUCGAGCGUUUUCAAAGUCCAAGACACCUUUGAUAAAGGCUGUUCUCCAAUUGGAGCAAUCACAGGCCAGUGUUUCCUAGUUGUUAAGUGUUUAUACUACCUUUUUAGAUUUGCCUUGAGAGAGAGUCUUUACACCACUUUUGUUGGCCAAGAGCAUUAUGCUUUCCAUUUUUAAGUUUGGAAAGCGUAGUUGCUUUGGAAGAUGAUAAUCAGGCAUCCGAAAAACAUGACCAAUCCAACGAAGUUGAUGUUGAAGAAUCAUUGCUUCGACACUGGUGAUCUUUGCUUCUUCCAGUACGCUAUUGACCAUGGUACCCUCAUGGAACGGCCCCAUAGGAUGGAAAUUGGGGCACUGUGUUAGUCAUUCUGCUUCUACUCACUUGGCGAGGUCCAGAGAAUAGUUUUGGAGAGUGCUUUUUGCCUUUGGCAGUUAUUCUUUGGGGUUCCACAGAGCACUCUCUUAUCCCCAGUGCUUUUUAAUAUCUAUAUGAAGCCAUUGGAAGUGGUCAUUUGGAAGUUUGGGGCAAAGUAUCAUUUGCAUGCUGAUGACACUCAGCUCUAUUUCUCCAUUGCAUCUGAAUGAGGAGAGACACUGUGGGCUCUGCAGCAGUGCCUGGAUGCAGUCGGCUAUACAGUAUGAGGGUAUAAACUGAGCUCUAGACAAGGCUGCUGUUGACAUUCCGACAACUUGCAGGAGACACUGUGUACUCUCUUCACAUGCUGCUAGGCAUCUUCUGAAAUGGGAAGAUAAUCUUGAAGUGCCAAUUGCUUGAGUUUCCUUCCUUCCUGCUACUUUUGAACAUCCAAACUCUCUGUAGUUUAAUUACUAUAUAAUCCUUCAUCUUUCUAGUUCACUACCUUCCAUUAAAAUGGAGUGCUCAUGCUUGGCGUAUUACAUAAUCUCUGUUUGAAAUAGUCCAUACUUCUAAGGAACUGUACUUGGCACUUGGCUUCAACCCACUUCUGACUCUUGUAUUGCUUUCCCAGAACUAUAGUCUUAGUUGAACAACCAUCUUCCUUCAGCUAUACACCCCCCCAUCCUCCCCCACCCUUUGGCACUAAGAUCCUCCUUCUAGCUUUCAUUUUUUUCUGGAAAUGUAGAGCUUGCAGGGAUCUUUUGCUUAUGCCUAGAUACUAUAUAUGAGGGUGGGGGCCUUGUGGGUUUUAAAAAAUGCAUCGCAUGGUUUUUUUUUACCUAUGGUUAUGCUUUAAAUGUUGGAAAUUGAAGAUGUUGGAAAUGUUCAAUAAAUAUAAAUAAGCUUAGAGCAGGCCUUCCCAAACUGUGGUCCAUGUUGGUGGUUUGUGGUGUGUCUGUGAGGAAUGACAGGAGCAGCAAGUGUGCCAUCAUUCUAAUACUUUGUACUGUCAGCAGGGGUGCCAACUUGAAUGAAAUAUUUUUUGGGGGGGGUUGUAAGCCUCACCCUCCAUAAUCAAUUAGAAGAUGCAACACACACAGAGCAUUUGAAUGGCAAUGCCCAUCAACUUGGGGGAUGGUGGCCCCCCUCAAAUUCUUUAUUGGAAAGACUGAAAGGACCUCAGACCCUAGAGGUAGGCAGCUAUGGUGGGAAGUGAGCAUGCUGCUUGGAAGUAUUUACUGGCAGUUAAGGGAAAUAAAUGCACAUGGACAAAACAUAGCCAGGACCAAUUUGCAUGAAGGAUGUCUAUUAAUAGUUAUUAGCCUCAAUGACUAUGUUCUGCCUUUACUGUUCGAGGCACUAUGCUUCUGUAUACCAGUUGCUGGGAAUGAACAAGUGGAAGGUGAAUGCUUUUGCGCAGAAGUCCUGCUUGUGGAAUUCCCACUUGUAUCGGGUUGGCCGCUGCGAGGACAGGAUGCUGGAUUAAGUGAGCUUUUUGUCUGAUGCAGCAGGGCUUCUCUAUGUACCUAUGUAUGGUACCUUGAGGGGAGAUUAACUUCCCUCCUCCCCACAAGGGUAGAGUUUUCCCACCCUUCCAUUUGCCUAGUUGUGUAUGUGGCUGAGAAGCAAGGCUUCCUGGAAGCCAUCUAGUGAGUUGAUGUGUAGGAGGGAAUUCUCUUGGCACUUAGAUGCACUUUUGAGGAUAUGUUGCUUGAACAUGUGUAAGCCUGUAUUCCAUUCUACUUCACCCCCAAGAGAUAAAAAAACUGUCUAAAAGGAAACAUGUUGUCAAGAAUAAGGAAUAGCACACUAAUAACAACUUAAUUUUCUGUGGACAACCAUGCCACCAGUUGUUUUGUGGGUGUGGUUUUACAUUUUGCUCUUAAGGUAUAUACCACCUUAACUGGACUAAGUGGGAGAUCCCCAGAUCAAAACUAUCCUGAACUCUUUUAGAAAGCAUUAAAGUAGAGCUUUUUAAAAUAAAGGUCAAUCUUAAUUACCCUUUCACAUAUAUUUUUGUGUCUUUUACUUAGUAAGCAUUUAUGUUGCCAAAUGUUCUUGGAAGAAUCUGGAGCUAUUGUAAUGUAUAGUAACUGUCCUUAUUGACUGAAUGCCACAGGACACAGUGUACUUGAACAGUGAAAUUUAUGUUUUUGACAAGUUUAUUAGAUUUCCUUCCAUUGCCUAUCAGAUUUAUUUUUAGGAAUAUUAGAGUGCCAUGUUGGUGUGAGAGUCAUCUACAUCAAAAAAAUUAUCAUCCUUUGUAUUUUUUUUUUCUGAGGGAAAACAGGGUGUAAUAUGAGCAGAUUCUCUCUAGUAGCCUUCAAACACUGUUUAUCAUCGGUGGCACUAAAAUGUUUGACUUUGCACAUCUUCUUUUUAAGUUCUAUAUAAUGCAGGAGUGUGUUAGGCUUUUAGUACUGUGUAGUGGCUCUAAAUAAUACGGACAAAAUUCUGAUAGGAAAAAGGAUUUUGUAUAAUAAAUCAAGUGGUCUACUCUCAGUAUAACUUAGUUGGAUAUUGCCCAUUAUCACAGUUCAGUGAUACAUUCCAACUAGGCAAAAACACUCCAGGAGGGUGUGGAAAGUGCUGUAGGAGCCAAGUAGAGAGAGCCUAGAGCUGAGGUUCCCAUCUCCUGCUUUACAGUUUUUACAGCCAGUUUGUUUCACAAGCCAUUUACAGCCACUGGUUAACCUACCAUUUUCAGGAUUUAAUAUUUUUUUUAUAACAUUUCCCGUGUGAGGUGUUGCUUCCUUCUAUUUAUUUGUAAGUCUGCUCCUUAACCUUACAGAGGACCUUGAAUGAAAAGGAGGAGACUCAUAAAUUAUUUCAGUGCAAUAAAAAUAAUUGAGAAUGCUUUGUUUCCAAAAGCUCAAAAUAUCAAGGGAAGUGUUUUAUCUUUGACCUUUUUAAUAUAAAAGCAGCUUUAGGAAUCCCACCUGGGACUAAGACUCUAUAGGUUUGUCAGAGGUUUCUCCUUUGGCAUCAGUCAUUAAUAGGUUAUCAUCAGGGUUAAUAACUUUGAUUUAACCCGGUAGCAUAGAAGCCCUCAGUUUUGUCUCACAACAGCCAUUUGUUGAAAGCAGAGGUAGCUACAAGGUUGACUUUUCCCGUUUCCAAGAGACCUUUAUAGUUCUGCCCUGUAGCAACUCUCCUUACAGAGUACCCAAUCAUCAGUUUGUCAGGAAUAGCCUUACCUGACACUUCUGGUCCUACCGUACAUUGACACAAAUCUCUUGGACCUACAGCACCCUCUGCUGUUGUAAUGUUAUUUUAUUAAAAGUGUCAGUUGUGCCAAAUUGUCUGGUGUACUGUGUGUCUUUUCCAUGGUAAGGUUUGUCUUGCUUUUUAGGAUAUGCCUGAAACAAAUCUCAGCUAAAGUGUCUAGAAAUCCAUGUUUGCACAAGCUAAUUUGAUUGUUUACUAACAUUAAACUUGGCUUUAUCCCAUGUUUUGUCAAAGGAGUUUAGUAGAUUGUACCCGGGUUUAGCCCAUUUAUACCCAAAUAAAUCUCAUUUUUUAAAAGCUGACAGUGACUUGCCGAAGGCUGAGUAUAGACUCCUUAGCGCUUGAGUCCAUGGGUGGGGAACCUGGCAGGCAACUGAAUUUAGACGAGCCACGCUCACCUUUUAGUCACCUGACUUUAAAUUUCAUUGGACAUGGAGAGCUCUAAGUGCUAAGAUAACAGACAACUGAUCUCUUACUUUCAGUCUUGGUACUAAGCACCCUAGCACUAACAUCUUAAGAUCAGCAAUAAACCUCUGCUUACUCUUUAAAAGACUGCAGGCAGAGACUUUUCUCUGAUCUUAGUUCUGUGAUGAGAUAAGCCUCUGCCUGCUCAAGGAGCAUUUAUUUUAUCUCCCUGGUGGGAUCAUGGUAGGCUAAAGCAAUUGCUUUGUCUUUAUGCUCUCAAUUCUUUAUUCCUUUGCAACCCUUGCUUGAAUUCAUGCCAUGCUGGUGAAUGCAAUUCUCCAUGUGGAACCAAUUCCAGUGAGGCUUGCAUUUGACGUGAAAUUUUAAAAGAAGUGAGCUCCAGGGGCUCUAAUGGUUCUUUAGGAGCUUUGACAUUACCUGCCUCGUCCCUGGUGUCAUAUGACAUCAUGUUUGGCACAGCUUUCCAAACUCUGUGCCGCGACAGUGUGUAAGUAUGUCGUGCAAUCACUCCCUGUGCUCCUCCCAACGCUGGAAAGGGGUUAGUUUAACCUCCAGUUUGCUAGUAAAACUGAAUUACUGUGUCAUGAAAUGAUUUAUAUCUAAAAAGUGUGUAGACUUGGCUGAAAGAAAAUUGCCCCUGAUGGGUCCGAUUUGAUCUGAGGACUGCAGGUUCCCCAUGUCUAAUAUAUCCAGUGAUAUUUAGAUAGCGAAUGGAGUCCCUACCUUUGUUGCCAUUCAGGGUUGCUUGGCUUCAGCAUAAUCACCAUUUCAUAAAAUGCAGCAUCUGUUUAGAAAAAGAAACAUGGGCAGAUGCCUUUAUACUGAGUCAGACCCUUGGUCCAUCUAGGUGAAGUUUUGUCUGCUAGAGAUGCCAGGAUUGAACCUAGGACUGUCUUCAUGCAACACAACUGUUCAUCCAUCGGAGGCCUAAAGUUAAAACGUGUGCAUUAUGUUUCACUUAAAUGGAAAAUGGUUUGCCCUAAAUAAUAAUGGUUUUGCUGUUCCCGCAAAAGCUUGUAUCUUAGUUAAAAUGUUGCAUUUAAGUUUUUUACACUCCUUCCCUUUCAAACUUUAACUCUCAUUCACAGAUAUUUGCUGGCUGAAACACUGUAAAACUCCUCCCCAUCUUUUGUAGUGACUUUUGUUUUCCUCAUGCUUUGAUUUAGAGUCUGGGAAGAAUCUUUGGGAUUCUUGGAGAAGGAGCCUGCGUCACUGAGAAACAUUUGACUUUUUGGCCUUGUAGUGAAGCUAGAAAUCAAGUCAGUCUAAAAGCAUUCCUUAGUCAAGCUGGCCUACUUACCCUUUAGUUUGAAUAUGAAAGGGAAUCUUGAGUGGGAAUCCUGGCAUUUUUUACCACCUGUUGGGGCAGCUGCAGGUUAUGUGAGAAGACUAUUGAUAAGACUAUGGAUUCUCGAGGAUGUUUCAAGGCAGGUGGGAGAGAUGUGUAGGGAAGUGGCAGUCUUUUUAUUUUGUGCUUUCUUGGACCCCUUAUUUAACAUGUCCAUGUAUCCAUGAGAAGUCUGGAGGGUGGCAACACGAGGAGCCUUUUCUGUGGUGGCUCCCCAUUUGUGGAAUGCUCUCCCCAAGGAAGCUCACCUGGCAUUAUAAAUCUUUAGGUGCCAGGCAAAAACUUUCCUCUCUGACAUGAUGUUUUAGAAGUGGCCAGGAUGUUUUCCCCCUCUUGGUUUUAAUGUUUCUAUGUGUGACUUUUUGUCUGUUUUGUUUGUAAGUUGCUUUGGGUUGCCCUGGGCAAGAUAAAGCGACUAACAAAUUCAAUAAAUAAGAAUAAGAAUAUCAGUUGUGCAACUCCAACUGAGCUGUGAGGUAACUGGUGGGAGGAUGUAAAAAUAUGACAGACCAAAUAAAACUUGCUACCAAGCCUUUUCAGCACACAGACCUGGCUUCAGCCUGGUUUUGUACCACUGCAGUGAUGGCAUAGUAGAAGAUAGAUACUGGUGAUGUGGGCAGAUCACUGCAUGUUGUGUGGGUCUCUGUUGCCCAAAUGGUUAAGAUUGUGAAGGCUAACAAUUAGAGACAUUUACACAUGGCGCUGUGGGUUAAACCACAGAGCCUACGGCAGGCAUCCCCAAACUGUGGCCCUCCAGAUGUUUUGGCCUACAACUCCCAUGAUCCCUAGCUAACAGGACCAGUGGUCGAGGAAGAUGGGAAUUGUAGUCCAAAACCUCUGGAGGGCCGAACUUUGGGGAUGCCUGGUCUAGGGCUUGCCGAUCAGAAGGUCGGCGGUUCAAAUCCCCGUGACAGGGUGAGUUCCCGUUGCUUGGUCCCAGCUCCUGCCAACCUAGCAGUUCGAAAGCACGUCAAAGUGCAAGUAGAUAAAUAGGUGGCGCUCCGGCGGGAAGGUAAACAGCAUUUCCGUGUGCUGCUUUGGUUCGCAAGAAGCGGCUUUGUCAUGCUGGCCACAUGACCUGGAAGCUGUACGCCGGCUCCCUCGGUCAAUAAAGCGAAAUGAGCGCCGCAACCCCAGAGUCGGUCAUGGCUGGACCUAAUAGUCAGGGGCCCCUUUACCUUUACACAUGGAACAUAAAAUUAAUUUGAAGAAGAGUGCUACUACUAAGGGAAGAAUUUGCUCAAUAUUGCUUAUUGGUGUUUUGUCAUCUCUUUCAAAUUCAAGUAGGUUGAGGUGCUUCUCUAGUAGAUGCAGAAGGCACUAGGUAAGGUAAAGGUAAAGGACCCCUGGACAGUUAAGUAGUCAAAGGGGACUAUGGGGCUUUUCAGGCUGAGGGAGCCAGCGUUUGUCCACAGAAAUCUUUCUGGGCCACGUGGCCAGCAUGACUAAAUUGCUUCUGGAGCAACAGGACACUGACAAGUGCCAGAGCACACAGAAACACCAUUUACCUUCCUGCCAGAGUGGUACCUAUUUAUCUACUUGCACUGGUAUGCUUUUGAACUAAUAGGUUGGCAGAGGCUGGGACAGAGUGUGGGUGGUGCUGUGGUCUAAACCACUGAGCCUCUUGGGCUUGCUAAUCAGAAGGUUGAUGGUUCGAAUCCGCGCAAAUGAGUGAGCUCCCGCAGAAGGCACUAUACAUAAGGAGAAAGUGUAUUGGUACCAGUAUAUAAAAUUAGGAAACUUGUGGGAAAUACCCAAAGGAGAAUCAAGCUGAAGAUUACGGAACUAUGCGGUGAAGAACAUUCGUGAAGAAAAGGGAAAUAACAGCGAAGGAGGAUAUAGAACAUUCUGUAGAGAAAGAUGUGCAACUUAAAAUGUUGUAUAAAGUAAAGCAGUUUAAGAUAUUGGGUAUUUGCUUGAACACUGAAGAUGUUCUUUAUCUAUAUGGCAACCUCCUCAGUAGCAUGUCUGAAAGUCCAACUAGAGAGCAGCAGUGCCUUAUCUCAUCCCAGUAAAUAACUUCUCUCAUUCAACAAAGCAAAGUUAGCUUUAACUGAAGUUCUAUGCAGCUCACUCUUGCUUUUUAUGUUGCAUUGGGCAUGGAUAUGAAAGAACAUACGGUAUCCUUCACAAUCCCAAAUACUAUUUCCACAUCCUUGAGGGAAACAAUGCUAAAUUGAUCCAAGUUGCUAUGUCAGUUGGCUGCUUCUAAUACCUCUGGUGUGGCUGCAGUAGUAAUCGUAGUUUCCAAGAUGAAUCAUAUUUGAAUGAUUUCAUCAGUGUAUAAUAGUGCAAACUAAACAUGUCACAGUGAUCUGUAGAUGCCUCAUCCUUUGGCUGCUCUUUAAGGUCCUUGUAUCAACAGGAGCUUAGCUGGAUGCAAUUUCUAUUGACAUUGAGUGACAGAGGCAAAAAAAGUUUACUUCGUUCCACCUUGUAGACCUGUGAAAUGUUGGCAGUACUCCAGAAAAUGUUGGUACUUCACAAAAUCCUUAAAACUGGCCCGCUAGUUUUAAACUGCCACCUUUUAUAACCUUCCUGAAAACAGUAAAUUCAGUAAAGAUAGAGUCUGAUGCUGGAAUUCUCUUUUGUCAAGCUUAUUUUCUUUAUGAUGCUUUCAUAAACAGCAUUACCAUGUGUGGGUAACAAUUUCUGGUUCAGUUCCUGCCUAGUCUGGGGUCACUUUUGGCUUUCUUAGAUGAAUCUGCUGGCCUGGUUCAGAUGUAAAGAAAAUCCAUGGUUUCCCAUUACAUGAACAAGUCUGCAAGGAGCUUGCGUGCUCCUUCUCCUGUUUUGCAUACAGGAGGAAGCUAUCUAAAGUUGCUGCUUUUGAUUUUAAACAAACCAAACACAGAAAUGAUGGUUUGUUUCUACAAGAAUGGAAACCACGGUUUGAUACCUGGACUGUACCCAUUAACCGUAGUUUAAACAAAAUUCAGUUCCUUAAAUUGAUGUCACAGAAAACUAUGGUUGGUUUAAAUUCAAAGCCAAAGUUUUGGUCAUCUUUUGACAUGUGAAAGACUAGGAAGGGAAUUUGUAAGCCUGAAGCCCAUUGAUGUUAGCAGGAAACAAUCUCCCCUCCUUUUCAGUAGCAGGAUGGAAGGAACAGGGCUGGGAAGGUUUGGGGCUCAGUGGAGGCCAGAUGGCAACAGGCUGAUGAGAGGGUGCUGGGUGGUGUUGAUUUUGGAGUGUGUGUGUGUGUGUGUGUGUGUGAGAGAGAGAGAGAGAGAGAGAGAGAGAGAGAGAGAGAGAGAGAGAGAGAGAGAGAGAGAGAGAGAGCGCACACACUUUGACUCCAGCACCACCUGCUGCUAGUAUGCAGUCCCAGACUGCUUUCUACUACAGGAAUGUAGCACUUGAUCCCCAAAGGGUCGCCUGUCCGUGUUCUACUGCAAUUUGGGAGGGAGGACAAAUUGCCUUUUGAAAUUGGUAGAGCUCUUACUCCAUGUUUUGUGAUAUAUUUUUAAACUGGAGAUUUGUUGUUGUUGUUUAGUCAUUUACCGUCUCCCUAAUGCUAGGGUCGAUUCACAUGAAGCUUGAUAUGUUUUCCCCUCCUCCCCAAAUGUAGCAUCUGCAUGGCUGCUGCAGCUGCAACUUUGAAAUUGUUUUUUUAAAAACCACGUGAGUGUCCAGGUGAUAAUAACUGCUGGGAAUUCAUAGAACUGCCACAUAGACAGUUUCCAUAUGAACAGGCUGCCACAUAGCCACAGAGUUCCAAUGUUGCAAGGCCUGUGCUACAAUACUGAAAUGGUUUUUCAGCAGCCACCACAUGGGGGCUCUAAUUUUGAACUGGCCUUUUAGCCCCUCUCUUGAGGGUAUUGAAUUUAUAGCUAAAUCAAGACUGUUGGCAUAGUUCAGAGUGUGUAUUGGGCAUCUGUAGAAAUAAGUCAGUUGAGGCUCCGGGGAGGCAAGAGGGUAACUACUACUGUGUAAACGAAGCAUUCAAAUUACGUUUGCGUCUUUAUAUCUGCUAAGGGUUUUUGUUGCCUUGGCGCACACAUUUGGAACAUAAAAAUGUAGUAGAUGUACUUUACCACAGAGGCAGAGCUAAAUCUUGGAUGCGUUUUCAUAUUUGUUGAAAGGGAAUGGUAAUCUGGUUCUUGGUGCUUAGAGUACAGUUUGGCAGUUGAAAUAUUUAAAGUGCAGUGCCCUCAGAUUUGUGAGGUAAUGAGAGACUGAUAUGGAAAAGGAAGUGGGGAGGUCUGGAGGUGUGGAAAGAGCUCAGAAUGUGCUUUGACGUCAUCUGAUAGGUUUUCCAGCAUGCAGCGGCUAUUCCUGCUCCAUCUACAGUUCAUGUUAUUUUAAAACUCUUGUCAAAAGUGAGGGUAGCAGUAUAUCCUGUGUGUAUGCAGGUCCACUGUGGGGGCAGGGACUGCCUUGGGGCCUUUCAGCAGCUGGGCAGGCAUCCAGAUUCCCAGGCUGGCUGACUCCCCUGUGCCUGAGAGAAACUGCCACUGAAGUUUCUCUGUCCAUCAUGCCUAGGAAACUCCUGAGCUGCUUGAGCAGCUGCAGCCAGUUGCCUGGAAGGAUAAGCUCCACACUCUGAGCAGCAUGUACAAUGUGCUGCAUACUUAGAAGUUUUGCUCAAUCGCUCUGAAAGUCAUUGUCGCCACAAAGUGACUUCUUGGGUCCACUCCCUGUUUAGUUAGUCUGUGUACCAAAUUGUUCUAAAAUAUCAUGUAAUCCCUGUAAAGGUAGAUUUAGAGUGAAGCCUUUAAAAUGUAUAUUCCCUUUUGUGUUUCAUAGCAAUCUGGGUGCAAUCAUUUGGAGAAGUCUUGAAUUUCUCUGUGGACUUCAUUCUAGAUUUUUGAAGCUUUGCCCUUGCUCAGCAAUAACAUCCAAGAGACCUCUUAAUUCCUAGGAUGAAAAUUGUGCAAUUCGUUCACUACAGGGAGUAGGACUAGGAGUGCUAUCCCAGUUUUCUUUCCUGUGGGACUACAUGUUGUCAUGUUUUUAUCUGUUAAAUAUUUUAAAUAAUUAGUUGUUUUUGCCCUAUAAGGCAAUAAUUAUUCAUGUUGCAACAUUUCUUUGCAAAGAAAUGAAAAUGUUUUUGUAUCAGACCUAACCAAGAGAAGGGACCUUCCUUGAAUGUUUUCAAGACAAGAAGAUACAUUAUUAUAGCUCCUUUAGAUCUAGGGUAUCUAGUAUUAGAGCAUUAGGCUAACUGACCCUAUGGCUUUUUUUCAACUUGUGCCAGAUUUCACUAGCUGUGCCAAGAGGGAGGGCAAGGGCUGUGGCUCAAUGGCAGAAUUCUUGCUUUGCAUGCAAAAAGGCUAGGUUCAGGCCCUAGCAUAACCAGGUAGAGAUUCCUUUCUAAAACCCUGGAUACCUGCUGCUAACCAGUAUGGAGAAAGAACUAGAUGAACCAGUGUCUGACUCUGUAUAAGAAAGCCUUCAAUGUUCCUAGGAGGGACAUUCUCGCCUCCUUGAGGAAAGCAGUAUCAAAUUGAUCAAGGAGUGCUAAGAGUUAAAAAAUAUUUUCUCCUUGAUUAUUGCAAGUUCUAGUUCUGCAGUGAAUGAUAGCAAGCAGCUGGAGGUUCAUGGUAGUCUUUUAUAAAAUGGAGAUGUAUUCUAUUAAUGUUUUUUCUGACACAGUGCUCCAUUGUACUGUAGUAUUUAACAGUUGUUAACAUUGAAAACCAGAAUAAGGUCUGCUUUCAGAAAUGGAGCAGACAGGUUAAACUAAACCACUCCUUGUGAUACAGUUAUUUUGGUCUCUGUGCGUUAAUCAACACCUUUUCUGGGUAAACUAUAAUUGAGUAUUGGUUAAAUGGAUGCCUCAGUGCCUCCAGAGAUCCCCCCCCCCCAAAAAUAUUUGUGAACACAGCAGUUAAGCUUCAGCGGUGGAGAUGAGGAGGAGAGGGCAGGAACUAAAUUACAUGAUGAUGCUUGCCUGACAAAUGUUUGAGGCCUGAGUAGAGAAACCAACUGCUUUACUAUUUUGGGUGAAUGAGGUUAGCUAUUGCUGCAAGCAGCUUCAUGAAGGAAUCCAUCCAUCUGUCAAUGUGCACAGCCGUGAGUGAGGCUCAGUACUCCCUAGCUUCUUACAAUGUGCAUGUACGUACACCCCUUCUUGAGGGAGGGGAGGCAUUUUUCUUUUUGAAUCUAGUGGUAAUGGAACUGGCCGGUAGCUGAGAGUAAGGCUACACGAGUGUCUUUGUGCAACUUUUCUGACGAGUCCCUUUCUGAGGAUUAUACAGCCCUCCAGAGGCCUCAGGGACAUUUUGGUCUUGGGAUUUACUUCAGUAUGUUGGACAAAACCAAAACCCUCCAGCCCGCUUAUGGUGGGAUUGUGCCAUUUGUAGAGAUUGUGUCAAAGGAACAAAAGAAUGUAAGCUUGAGUCAGGAUUCUUACCACAGCCUGCGGGAAGUGCUACAGUUGAAGCUCCAGCAGCGACGAACACGCGAGGAGCUGGUUAGCCAAGGGAUCAUGCCUCCUCUGAAAAGUCCAGCUGCAUUUCAUGAACAGAGAAGGAGCUUGGAACGGGCCAGGACAGAGGACUACCUGAAACGAAAGAUCCGUUCCCGGCCAGAGAGAUCAGAAUUAGUGAGGAUGCAUAUUCUGGAAGAGACCUCUGCUGAACCUUCCCUUCAGGCCAAGCAGCUGAAGUUGAAGCGGGCCAGACUGGCCGAUGACCUCAAUGAGAAGAUCGCCCAGCGGCCAGGUCCCAUGGAGUUGGUGGAGAAGAACAUUCUGCCUGUAGAAUCAAGCCUGAAGGAAGCUCUCAUUGUAGGUCAAGUGAACUACCCAAAGGUAGCAGACAGCUCCUCCUUUGACGAGGACAGCAGUGAUGCCCUGUCUCCAGAACAGCCAGCUAGCCAUGAAUCCCAGGGAUCUGUGCCAUCCCCAAUGGAAGCUCGAGUUUGCGAGUCACUUCCCACCCCAACAGCAGCAUCCCCUGCUCAGGUCGUGUGUCAGUUGAAAAUCAGUGCAGAGUCCAGUGAGACCCCCUUUCUAUCUGAGCAGCCACCAACUCCCCUGCUACCCCUGCCACCUCCAGUGCCUCCUAAUCUCACCAACGGCGUUGUUGCUCCUGCUGCCAAACCACUCCCAACCCUUAUAAAGCAAAGCCAGUCCAAGUCCUCAUGCGAGAAGUCUCAGCGCAGCAAAAAAUCCAAGGAACCGAAACCGAAAGUCAAGAAGUUGAAGUAUCACCAGUACAUCCCACCGGACCAAAAACAGGACAAAGGAGCUCCUCCCAUGGAUUCAUCUUAUGCCAAAAUCCUGCAGCAACAGCAGCUUUUCUUGCAGCUUCAGAUCCUUAAUCAGCAGCAGCAGCAGCACUACAACUAUCAAACCAUUCUGCCAGCUCCACCAAAGCCUCCAGGAGAGCAGCAGAGCAGCAGUAGUGCCCCGCCCAUGCGUAGUCUCUCCACUGCUGUCAGCAGCACCUCUUCUGUUUCUUCCAGUUCUAAUGGAUUGAUGCGGCAAAACAGCAACACUCCAGUGGGCAAACCAGGAGCUCUCCCUGUUAAUCUUGACGACAUGAAGGUGGCAGAGCUGAAGCAAGAGUUGAAGCUAAGAGCACUGCCUGUGUCAGGCACCAAGAUGGAUCUAAUUGAGCGGCUCAAGGCUUAUCAGGAGCAGAACGGUGCAGCUGGCCGAGCAGCUGCUGCUCCAAAGCCCAAUACGGCAAUUCUUCCCAAGGCUGCGGAUGUGGUGGUUGCCUUCCCAGCUGCCAGGCUGAGUACAGGGCCUGCCCUGGUGAGCACUGGCAUUACUUCAGCCGAAGUUGUUGUGGCCACAGUCGCUGGCAAUGGUGUGAUGAAGUUUGGUAGCACAGGCUCGACUCCUCCUGUGUCACCCACCCCCUCAGAGCGCUCCCUGAUGAGUGCCGGGGAUGAGAAUUCGACCAGUGGUGAUGCCUUUGGGGAGAUGGUGACCUCUCCCCUGACUCAGCUUACCUUGCAAGCAUCUCCCGUGCAAUUUUUGGUGAAGGAAGAGAGCUCCAAAGGCACCACUUGCAGCUUCAAUUCAUCAGCAAAGGCAGAUCCCUGCUGCAACAACAGUCAGCAAGACAUGGAGGUCCAGGAUAAAGACCAGAUGUUGCAGGAGAAAGAUAAGCAGAUUGAGGAGCUCACCCGCAUGCUGAAACAGAAGCAGCAGCUGGUGGAGAUGCUGAAGCUGCAGCUGGAGAGAGAAAAGCGCUCUCAGCAGGUCCUGCCUGCCACGUCUGUUGGAGAAGAGGGCACAGCCACAAUCCCUGAGCCGCUAACUUUUGGCACCCGUGUCAAGAGUGAAAGGGACUUUCUGAGUUGCCAAUCUUCAGGGCAGCCCAACUGCCAAACUGACCAAUCAAAACCCCCACAGACCACUAGCCAAAUGGACACCUCAGAUGCAAGUUCAGUGCCAAAGAAAGCAGUGAUGGUGAAGCAAGAGGUGCCAGCUGCCGAAACUGAGCCGCCAAGCCAGACCUCAAGCUUCUUCAUUGGCCAGCAAGGUGCAGGCUUCAGUAACCUCAUCAAAGGAGCCCCUCCCCCCACCCUCAUCACAGAUUCCACUGGCACUCACAUAGUUCUCACCGUGACCAAUCAGAAUGCUGAGAGGCAGGGCCUCUCGCCUCAGGAAAAAGUGGGGAGCCGUCCCUUGCCAUUGAGGAGAGUGUCCUCACCACCUGUGAAAGCAUCUACCCAACAACCUGUAAGCAGCUCCCAGUCGUCUCUGCAGCCACCGCCAAUGGAGCCCAUUAAGAAGGUUCAGAAGCCAGGCCUGCAGAUAGUCACUGGGCAGCUGCCUCAAACAGUCUUGUCUUUUUCUUCGCCCCCCAACUUGCAGCCCUUCUUCGUGAAUGGCUUUCACAAAGGACCGCUGAAAACAAGUGGUAAAACUGGCCAGCCCAGCAUGCCCAAAAAGCUUCUCUCACAGCCAGGAUCUCCAGCUCCUCCAUCUCCACCCCAAAUGGAUCUUGAGCAGCAGAACUCAUCCUUCUUUGGUACUCCACCACCUUUGCCACUCCCUGCCUCUUCUGUGUUAAUGAAAGAACCACCAGGUUAUGAAGAGGCCGUGAAGCAGCAGCCAAAGCCCCUUGAGGAAAAUGGGUGUUCCAGUCAGCAAAUGGAUGACCUGUUUGACAUUUUAAUUGAGCAUGGAGAGAUUUCAGCUCAGUUCAAGGAGCAAUCUUCCCCAGGAAGGAAAGGCGCCACUAUUUCCCCAGGAUGCCCUUCUCCGUCCAACAGCCACCAUUCCUCAGAGCUCCCCCUGCAGGUGCCCAUGAGCCACACCAGCUCUAUUAAUCCCACCCCAGCAGGCAGGCUGGAAGACUUCUUGGUAAGCAGCACUGGCCUCCCCUUGCUGACAGCUGGACCUGAUGGACCUGAGCCUCUGUCCCUAAUUGACCUCUACAGCGAGAUGCUAAGCAGUUCAGCUAUCCUGGACCACCCAUCUUCACCUAUGGACACAUCAGAAUUGCACUUUGCCCCGGAGCCUACUGGGGAACCAAGCUUGGACCUGGGAGAGGCUAACUUGGACAGUAUGGAUUGGUUGGAGCUGUCAGGAGGGCCAGUGAUGAGCCUCACCCCCCUCAGUACUGCAACACCUAGCCUCUUCUCCACAGACUUCCUUGAUGGACAUGAUUUACAGCUGCACUGGGAUUCUUGCUUAUAGCUCUCUGAGCAUGCAGACUUCAGCGGAGCAGUACAGCUGGGUUGUAGGACAUGGGUGGGCUCUUAAGUGAAAGUCUCCUCUUUCUUAAGAGCCCCGCAUUUUGACCGGCUUUCAUGAAGCUAGAGCCAAGGGCACGUACCAGUGAUGUCUUCUGAUUCAACCUCAGGCAAGCUACCACACUUCUCAUAGCUUUUGGUGGACUAAGGCAGGGUCCUUUCCUCAAAUGUUCAGUGGUCGCACCAGUUGUAUGACUUGUUGGUUUUCAGAAUGGAAUGGGGUUGAGGAUUUAGUUCAAAGCCAAGAAUCAAAAGCAGUUUGGAAGAACUUAAUGGAGAAACCAGGCUUCCUUCCUGACCUUCAGUCUGCCUAGUUAGAAAGCAACUGCACUUCUUUUUAACUUGGCAAAAGUUAAUUUGGCCAUCUUUGGAGGUGGGAGGAUGAGUACAGGACUAGUGAGGUUUCUGCUUAUAUGGAUGAGCAUCCUGUUCCAAGAGCAAUUCCCUAACAAUGCCAUAGUAUAGGUGCUUUCUGCCUGGCAAGAAAGCCAAGUCCAUGUUAUGUGCCACAGCUUACAUAAUUCCUGCAUGUAGCCCUUGUUCCACUAAAACCUAAGAGGCGGCUGUAUGCCCUAGCUGUUGUAUCUCACCUGACAUUGUUGUCUCAGGCACUCAGUUGGUUAUGAAUCAAUACAGCUGCAUUGGGGAUGAUACUCCUAGCCCCCUGUAAUAGCUCUGCCGCCUCCUCUUAAUAACCCUGCCUAUGAAACCUAGUUGGCUAGAACUUACUUAUUCAAAGUGGUGGCGCUCUGUGACGUUUGGGCCUUUGGGAAACAUAAGCACUGGAGCAGAUGAGCUGCACUAUGCACCUGUUCCUAGUGCUUAUGCUGUUCAUGGGUUUGAGUUCAGCUACUCCUCCCAAGGGUUUUCCUGCAUAUGAAGUAUAGCUUUCUCUGAUUUGGAGGUUGGUGUCAUGGGGAUGUCUGGUCUUGGCUGUAGGUUAAGGGUUGUGGCUCCACUUCCGUUUGGAGAGUUCAGCUGAUCUCCAAGAGCAUGAGCACUAACCUCCUCUCUGUGGCAAGAGUUUUUGGUGCUGUUUGCCUAAGGAGUUGCAUGUCUUUCAUUGCACAGAGGAACUUUCCUGUAGCCAUAGUCCCUGCUGCUGUGUGGUUAAGAGGAUGGUUAGAAACCACAGUCUUGCCUCUUGAUAUCUGGUUUCAGUUAUAGCUGGUAAAAUUUCUGUAUAUAGCCGUUAUAAAACUUGUUUUGUUUUUGGAAAGCAGAUGAAGUUAUCUACCUGGUUAGGGGGUAGUUACUUCCCUUUAGCUCCUACUGUGUGGUAAACUGUUGGGGAGCUGGUAUUUUAGCCUGUGGUUUGGUGGGGAAGAGGAUUUGGUCCUUAGACUACCAGUUUUAGCCUUAUUGCACAUGUCACUCAAAGGAAAUUGUAUUUCUAUUAGUCUCUUCCCCUCCCAUAGAAAAUUCGUAGUUAAAUGUGUCUGCUGGCACUGCCUUUCACCCCACAGCAGAAGGAAGAAGGGUCCUGUCAUUUGACAGGAUCCAAGAGCCCCUUCUGUUUCUCUUAUAUUUUAUCAAGUCUACAUAACAUAUCCUAUACACCCUCUUUUAUGAUGAAUGGAUUUGAAGAGAAUAUUAGUUAUGUGAUUGGCCAACUGCACGUCUUAUUUCAUUCAGUAAAAUGUGACUGUUUUGGAAAUUAAAUUAAUGGCUGCUGAAGGUGGCGUAUCUCUUGCAUACUCUUCAAGACCUACUACUAAUAUUGUCACUCAGUUUACCACUAAUUGGGAAGGUUUGGUCUAGACUUGGGAUUGUUCACAGUAUAGAAAAUAAGAAUAAGCCAACUUCAGUGUGGGGAGAGGAUCUGGUUCAGUAGUAUCUUACCUGUUUUCAGACUAAGAGCAGUUAAUGAGUUUAGACUGGAAGGUACUUGUUGCUCAGAUCAGGGCAGCUUUAGCGGGUUUGUGCUGAAAGGUGCUAUCCCCAACAGCUGCCUGGUUUUGAAAGGGUAAACAUGUCUAGUGUAAAAUUAUGAAGAAAAGCACUACGGUUAAGCCCAUUGUAGGAAUACUACUCUUUUGUGGAACGAGAAAGUGACUGGUAUUAAGAUGGGCUCUUUUGCCAGUGUCUAAAAACACAUGGCUUAUAAAAUAAGUUCCCUAAAUUCUCCUUUUUAUCCCCAAAGUAAAACAAAGUCUAAGGGUCUUCCUUUGGUUUGAAUGUACACACUCUUCUGCUGAUAACCACUGCUUGUAUUUGAUUAGCACGCACACUUAUUCCACUAUGCAUCAAUGAAAAGGGGUUAUCAGCACCCGCAAGAGGCUUACGCAGUGCUAUAGUAUUGGACCUGGAGUGAACAUGCAACUGGAAAAGGGUAUGGAAUGAAUAUAAUGGAUAAAUCAAAUUAUUUUUUCAGUUAUUUGAAAAAUCCAUUUUAUUAAAAAAAAUUGUGUUGUAA